AUGGAGACCACCUCUAUGCCCUCAACCAGCUAUUCGCCUCAGAUCUUCUUCGAAAACAUGGCCGCUUCACCCGACAACAGCAGCUACUUGAAACUCGAGGACGUUCACGCAUCCUCUCCUUCCACCUCCACCACCACCACCUCACACCCUCAAGGCUCACCAGAUCCCAUUGUCGUGCACUCCAAGCCGGCGAAGAAGCGCAAGUCUUGGGGUCAGCAAUUACCAGAGCCCACCACCACUCUCCCGCCGCGUAAGCGAGCAAAAACCGAAGACGAAAAGGAGCAGCGGCGGAUAGAGCGUAUCAAGCGGAACCGCGCCGCUGCACACAACAGCAGGGAGCGCAAGAGACGAGAAACCGACACUCUCGCCGUCCAGCUGGCUCGAGCAAAAGCGGAAUUGGCUGCUUACCGCAACCUGCACGGCCCGCUUCCCGACAGCGUGGUUCUGCCUGAAGUGACUUUGAGCACUGGAACAGAGAGGGCCGACACGCCAGUGCCAUCACUCGUCGGAUCACGAGGAUCAGUCGACUACACCGCUAGCCCACCAUCACCCGCAAAGCUCGACGACCUCUUCGAAUCCGAGCCAGAAGCAAAGCCAACCCUCGCUCCUCAACCAGACACAACAUUCUGCCGCAAUGUUGUGCGACCUGCCGUGUCGGUUGAGGAAGCGCAGCAACCUAACUUCGACUUCUUGGUGGGUGAAUCUCUUCCUCCAUACGAUGGCGUUCCAGCACCAGAUGAUAUGCAAGGCUAUCCUUCUGGCAUGCUGGAGUCAUUCCCCUUCACGAAUGGCGCGUUUGAUUCAAGCUUCAACGCACCGCUUGACUUCUCGUUCGAGGACUUCCUCCACCAGGACGACCUCUCUGCUUCUGUCCCGGCGGACGGCGGCGUUGGCGCAGCUUAA